GUUGCAGUGGUAACUGGAGAUGAUUUGAUGCCUGUCAAAGGAGACUUGAUAGCUGCAGGAAUUCCAGACAUGAAAACAGGGCUGCCUCUUCCCAAGUCUGUACAUAGCAUGAAUGCUUAUUUUGGAGCUGGUCCAAUAGCAAAAGCUCUUGACUGUGGAGCAGAUAUUGUAAUUACUGGAAGGUGUGCAGAUAGUUCCUUGGCCCUUGGUCCACUUAUGCAUUCUUUCAACUGGCAUCCAGAAGACUAUGACCUCCUUGCUGCAGGCAGUUUAGCAGGCCAUUUGAUUGAAUGUGGGGCCCAAGCAACUGGAGGCAUUUUUACUGAUUGGGAGAAAGUUCCUGACUGGCAUAAUAUUGGUUUUCCAAUUGCUGAAGUGUCUGCUAACGGAAGCUUUAUCAUCACUAAACCUCCCAAGACAGGCGGUAUAGUUACUAAAGGAACUAUAGCAGAGCAGAUGAUGUAUGAAAUAGGUGAUCCACGUGCUUAUAUUCUUCCCGAUGUUGUAUGUGAUUUCUCACAAGUGAAAUUGGAGGAAGAUCAAGGCUGUGUUCGAGUUGAAGGGGCAAAGGGGAAACCACCAACAGACUCCUAUAAGGUCAGUGCUACAUAUCUUGAUGGCUAUAAAGUGACCGCAGUUUGUUGCAUUGGUGGUCCAAAGUCUAGAGAUAAAGGGAUAAAAACUGCAGAAGCAAUUAUACAGAGAUGUAGAAAUAUAUUUAAAAUGCUGAAAAUGAAAGAUUUCACUAGGACUCAUAUUCAAAUUCUAGGAGCUGAGGACACCUAUGGAGAUCAAAGAAGAUCAGGAGAUGGACCUCGAGAAGGAGUUAUAUGGAUGUCUGUACACCAUUCAGACAAAAAGGCCUUGGAAUUAUUUUCACGAGAAAUAGCAGCUGCAGGAACAGGCAUGGCUCCUGGACUAACAGCAAUUGUUGGUGGAAGACCCAAAGUAUCUCCAUUGCUACGACUUCACUCCUUUUUGAUAAAGAAGGAAGAUUGUAAGGUAAAGGUAAAUAUUGAUGAAAAAACUGAAGAGUGGACUGAUAAGUUAAAAGGAGUACCAACAGAACAUUAUGCAUAUGAUGACCAACCUGUCUCAGAAAUAACAGAGAUUUCAAGAGGCUCUAAAAGUUACACAGUCGCAGACUUGGCCUUCACAAGGAGUGGUGACAAGGCUGAUUCUUGUAAUAUUGGUGUGAUUGCUAGACACCCAGCAUUCUACCCUUAUUUGAAGAGAGCAUUAUCAUCCAUAUCUGUAGCUGUAUAUUUCCAGCAUGUAUUUCCUCCUGAAGUUUCUCCACUUGAAUGUGUGAAGAGGUACGAAGUGGACGGUAUUCAUGGCCUUAAUUUUGUAUUAGAAAACUCUUUAGGUGGCGGUGGUGUGGCUUCUCUACGUUCAGAUCCACAAGGCAAAGCUUAUGCUCAGAUGCUGCUUGACUUGCCUAUUGACGAUAUUCCUGACAUCGAUUCAUUAACACAAUCAAGCUGAAACCUGCAGUGGGGUUGGAAUUACUGUUUCUGCUGCGGGUAAUGUGUGAAUGUGAAUGAUGUUGAAGUUUAAGAAAUAUUUCAGGUAACAGAAUUUAAUGGGUGCUAAGUAACUUCAUAUUAAAGGUAGUUUUAUCAAUUCAUAUUAAAGGUAGUUUUAUCAAUUAUUUAAAGUAAAAUGUAACACAUAAAUAAUUUAUAAGUAGUGUAACAAUGUGGCACUACCUACAACAGGGCAGUGUUGGGAAUCAGCUGAAGGUCUUUGCAGUGUUUCUUCAUUUUCCCAUCCUUUACAAUUUUAUUCUUUUUCAAGAAAAUGUUUGCUGUCCAAAUUUACAUUACACUUGUCCAAACAAAUGCUAUAGGUCAGCCCUGUAAGCCUAGAAUGAAACUCUGGACCAAGUCAUUAAUUAUUAUAUAAUGUUUUAUGAAAUGGGGUUUAUGCAGUCAAAAUAAAUUUGAU